CGCAUGCGCCGCCGCUGCCGCCUCAUUGGCUCGGUGGCCCCCGCGCCGCGGCGUACCCAGAGGGCAGCGCGCCGCGCCGAGGUCAAGAUGGCGGCGAGGGCACCGGUUGCAGGAGGUGGUCGCCUGUUGGACACCCUCCGUAAGUGGUAUUACAAUGCAGCUGGGUUCAACAAACUCGGAUUAAUGCGAGAUGAUACCCUGUAUGAAGAUGAUGAUGUGAAAGAGGCACUGAGGAGACUUCCAGAACAUCUUUACAACGAGAGAACAUUCCGCAUAAAGCGAGCGCUCGACCUGAGCCUGAAACAUCAGAUCCUCCCUAAAGACCAGUGGGUGAAGUAUGAAGAGGUAUGUCUGGAGUGCUUCCACUCUCUAGUGGAGGCCUUAAGUGAAUCAGGAUCAUAGAAUGGGCUGGGUUAG